AUGGCUUCCCUCGAUAACUUCGUCGACUUGUCCCAACCAUCUCUACAAUGGGCUGCCUUGUCCAUUGCCUUCAACCCAAUUUUCUGGAACAUUGUCGCACGUGCUGAAUACCGCAGUCACUUCCUGACCCGUAUUUUCGGUGGUAACCCUUACUACGGCUGCUAUUUCCUCGCCGUCACCAUUUUCAGCAUUGGUAUCCUACGCGACCACAUCUACCAGACAGCCCUGGCAGAUCAGCCCUACUAUGCCCCAGUGCACCAACCCGUCCUCGGCGGGCUACUCUUCUCCGUUGGCUCAAUCCUCGUUCUAUCCAGCAUGUGGGCUCUUGGUGUGACCGGCACCUACCUGGGAGACUACUUCGGCAUUCUCAUGGACGCCCCCGUCACGGGUUUCCCUUUCAACGUUACCGGCUCGCCAAUGUAUUGGGGCAGCACCCUCAACUUCCUGGGUGUGGCCCUGUACAGAGGUAAAGUCGCGGGGCUCUUCCUGACAGCCGAAGUCUUCAUUCUCUAUUGGUUCGCUCUCCAAUGGGAGGAUCCCUUCACUGCCGAAAUCUACGCCAAGCGCGAGCGCGAGCGUGCCAAGGGCAAGCAAGGUGGCAAGAAGAACCUGUAA